AUGGGAGGAGAAAUCAUUCAUGAGCCUUUAGCAUAAUUAUCAAGAUUUGGAGGAGAUGAUAUUGGAGGGCAUCUACUUGGAGACUAGGUGAUUGAUUAAGUAUAAAGCAUUCUUCAAAAUUUGUCUUCUGAAAUCAAUCUAAAUGCUUAAAUUGAGGACAUAGCUCUUGAUUUUGAAACUAAAUUAGAAUAAAGUUGUGCACGCUAAGAUAAAUUGAUUGCUAACGCAGAAAUUUAAGUUAAUGGUGGAUUCAGCUUUAUUCAUGAGAUACUUCCAUAGCUAAGUAAAAAUUCUUAAAAUUUGGCAAAAGAUGAUAAAAUUGCGGAAAAUGCAAAAGUUAUGUUUUUGGAGUCUGAUAAAUUUUGUCCAUUAACUUCUAGUCAAGUUUAUAGGAAAAUGUUUGCCUUAGCCGAUGAUCGAAUGCAAUACCAUAAAAUGUCGACAAGAGUCUACCUUCUUGUGAAGCUUAUUCAUCCGCUCGUUGAUUUUUUUUAGACAAAAUAAGAUAUCAAAGACCUUCAAAAAUAACUAACUGAUACAAUCUUAAAAGGUAACAUACUUGAAGUCCAAAAAAUAAAUGAUUAAAUUCAAAAAUUGGAAAUUACUCGCGAUAAGUACGCAGCUGCUAAAUUCGAUUAGAGGAAAGAGUACAGAAUGUUUUAUAAAUUUUCAGCUAAGUCAAUGGGGGAAAUUAAGAAGAAAGAUCUUUUCUAGCUUGCAAAAAUUAGUUCUGAUGAAGAAUUAAGACUAGAAAUAACUAGGCUUCUAGAAUUGAAGAGAGUCUCAUGUAUUAAAACAGAGCUUUCGGAAAUUUCAUCUUAAGAAAAUAAAGCUUUAUCGUAUGAAAAUCGUGACAUUCAUUCACGUAACGCACAAAUUUAUGUGUUUGAUGAAGAAUUAGUCACUGAAAUUUUCGAUAACAGCUUUACAAAAGCGAAAAUUUGGGGCAAGCUAACUUUUGGAUAUUUUAGCUAGAAAGUUGAAGAUUUUGGGGCAGCUAUAAAUAGAUUUAAUAUUUUUGAAUUUAAGGUUGACGCCCAUUUAUUUUCCCUCCUUUAUUUCAACUUAGACCACUCAAAAUACCUUAACUUCUCACUAAUCAAAACAUUUUGGAAAUUUUUUUGCAAUGACUUUAUUUACUGCUUUUUAUUAGCAUUUAUAGCUGAGUUUAUCUCACUUGUCAGCUUCUUAUCAAUUGGCGCUAUUUUAAGAGAUAUGAAAUACUCUGAAAUAAGCGGUCUUUGGGAGAUCCUUUAAAUAGUUAUGGUUAUUAUAAUGCUAUUUUGUUUGAGUGUUAUUAAGAACCAAUACUAACUAUAAGGCCAGCUAAUACCUUUGAAAUUUAGAAAAUGCUUAGUCGAUCUGCUCUAUGAGAAGAUGAAAAGAAUUAAAUCAGAAGAAGCCGCCAAAAGUAAUAUUUAGACUUAGAUUAUAAGUAUUAUAUCUCAUGACAUGGUUUUUCUGGAAAGAAGUAUGGGCUUUAUGAUUUACAUUUUGAUCGGGCCAAUAAUCAACAUACUUGCAUUGAUUUAUGUCUAUCAAUAGUAUGGUAGCGCUGCUUGUAUUAUUUUUAUAGGAGGAUUUUCAAUUUAAAUAUCUUCCCAAAUAAUAGUUAGCAAGAUAAGUUUCUGCCUGAGAUUCAAAGAGUCACUUUUCAACGAUAUAAGAAUGAGAAGUAUUAACGAAGUUUUGAAAAAUUUAAUUCCUAUUUAAACUAACAAUUUGCAAAAGUAUUUUGAGGAAAAAAUACUUAAACAUAGACAAGACUAGUCCAAAUAUACCUUUGCUAUUAAUCUCUUUUUAAGCAUUGGUAACGCAUUCUUUUAAAAUACUGGAGUUUUUGUGUUCUUAUUAACCAUCUUGACUCUUAAAAGUCAAGAUAUCCUUGUCAGACAAAUGGAUCUCUUUUCUCUUUUCGCAACUUUUGGAUACCUGGCGAUUUCAAUAAAUUCCAUUACCUUUGGUGGGUUUAUGUGCUAUGGCUAGUUCAAAGCAGUAGUUGCUAAGAUUCAAAUGCUUUUAAAUAUUUAAGAGAGGAUUGAUUACAAGUAUAUGGGGGAAACCUCACUGUAAAAUACGAUGGAGAUUACUAAUGAACAUAAUGAAGAUUAAAAAUUUUUGUAUUAAAUAUCAAAAUAACAUGACUCAAAAAUUGAAAAGAAGUCAUUCAAAAAAUAAGGAAGCAAUUUGAUAAAUUAGUUGUAAAUUGGGUAAAAAUCAAAAAUACUGAUCAUGGGUUAGACUGCAACUGGGAAAAGUCAAAUAAUAAGACAACUUAUCGGUGACAUAUAAAUUGAUAAUAAGCCAGAAUAUUUCUUGGCACAUCCAACAGUUGUUUCUUAUGCUCCAUAAAUUGGAUAUACAAUAGUGGGCUCCAUCGAGUAAAAUAUUUUAUUCGGUCAACCAUAAGAUCAGUAAAGGCUUCUAGAAGUUCUAGGUAUUUGCUUAAUGAGCGAUGAAAUCUUUUAGAUGCCUAAAGGACUUGAUACAUAGAUAUAAGAAAAUGCUAAAAAUAUUAGUGGAGGUUAAAUGCAAAGAAUAAGUCUUGCCAGAGCGCUCUAUAGGGAUUCAGAUGUCUAUAUACUUGAUGAUCCUCUUUCUCAAGUGGACUAGUCAGUUGCUGAUUAGAUAAUGAAUUAGAUAUUCUCUAAUCAAAGACUAUAGGGCAAGUGCAUCAUAAUGGCAUCUUAAACCAAUAGAUACUAAGAAAAUUUCAAUUAAAUUAUCAAUCUCUCAGAAAAAGAGGAACAAUAAGUAAUAAACAAUAAAUCAUUAGAUCAUUCUGUAUCAAUCAGUAGUUUUGACUCAUUAAAUUAGUAAACUCCAAGCACUGCUAAAUUUAAUCCAAUUCAGAGAAAACUAAGAUAGAGUGAUAAAAAUAGCAAGAUUCAUUUUAAAACUUUUACCUCUAUGAUAACAUACUCCUGUGGUCAAUUCGGCUUGUUCAUAUUUGUGCUAUUUUCAUUGUUACCAAAUGUGACAUUUUUAAUGCUUACCUAUGAGCUUUCUAAAAUAAUUAAUUCUGAUUCCAUUCUAAACAAGGAUGAUUUCGAGAAUUUCACAGUAUUGGCUGUAGCUCUCUUAAUAUUAACAAUAACCAGAAAUUUCAUGAGCAACUUACUCCUAAAACUAAAUAGCUAGAAAGUUCACAAAGACAUUCUAAAAUUUAUAAUCUAUGGCAAUUCUAACUAUCUCUAAAAAUCUCAAAAUCAAGUGAUUCAGACCAAUUUAUCUAAGGAUCUAGCGAUAUUUGAUAUGCAAAUACCUUAUUUAUUAACCAAUGUUUCUCAUGGAAUAAUCAAAACUGCUAUUGUUUUUAUCGCUAUAUUGUAUACAUUCCCAUCGACAUUCGUAAUGCUUAUUCUAAGUCUGAUAUUAUAUCUGUCUUUUAUAAUGAUAAUCAAGGUGAGUGAAAUUCUGAAUAUUUACUAAGAAAAUGAUAAUUAAGCAAGAGGCCAUUUUAAUAAUCAAGUUAAUAGUGUUUCAAAAGGCCUAUCAUUAAUUAGAGUUAUGAAUGCUUUUGAAAUGCUAAAAUAAAAAUUGGUUCAGGAGUCAGAUCUUUCUGCUCAUAUUGGCUUCUCGAUGGCUAUAGCUAUGAGAUGGAUAUCCCUUAGAAUUGACAUUUGCUCUAAUGUUCUAAUUUCACUUUGCCUUAUUUUGCCUUUGAUAUUUAAGGAUCGUAUUUAAGAUAGCACUAUAUUGAUGGUAAUCUAGCUGACUAUUGAUCUUGCAUUCGUAAUGAGUAAUACCAUCAAACUCACUAUAGAAUUUGUAAAUUUAUCUUCCUCUUGGUAAAGAUUAUUGAUUUUGGCCUCAGACAAAAACUACAGCAAAGAAACUUAAAAGAUUUAAAUGAAGCAAGAAAUCAAGUUUAGGAACAUUUCUGUGGCUUUGCCCGGUCAAAGGAAACAUAUUUUGAGAGAUAUAUCUUUUAAAAUAUUGAAGGGACAAAGAGUUGGUAUAAUUGGAAGAACAGGAUCUGGUAAAAGCACCUUAGCUCUUACAAUGAUUGGGAAGAUUGGAUAUAAUAAAGGUCAAAUUGACCUUGAUAAUCAAGUACUUAAAAGUUCUACAAUUGACUCAGCUUAUCUUGGUUAGCAUCCAUUCAUUUUUAGAGGCACUAUUAAAUAGAAUCUUGAUCCAAUGAAUCAAAAAUCAGAAGAUGAAAUAGUAUAAGCUUUGAAGAAUACAUUUAUUUGGGACAAAGUCUAAUCACUGCCAAAAUAACUAGAUGAAGUAAUUGACUUUAAUGAUGAAAGACUUUCCCCAGGUUAAUAGCAGUAAUUAAGUCUUGCAAGAAUAGUGCUUAACAGUAGAAGUGAGUUAAUUAUCUUGGAUGAGAUCUACUCAAACAUAGAUGCUUAGUGCUCUCAACAAAUAUAAAAGGCCAUUGAAUAAACAUUUGCAAAUAAAACAGUGAUUCAAAUCUCUCACAAGAUUGAAACUGUGAUUGACAGCGAUCAAAUUAUCGUCAUGAGCAGUGGAUCAAUUAUUGAAAAUGAUCACCCCUUCAAAUUGCUGGCAAACGAUGAAGCUGAUUAGACCAUUACUAACUGCAACAGUGUCUUUUCAAAGUUAGUUAGCAAUACUGGAGAUACCAGUAAAGCCUAAAAUCUUUUUGAUAGAACAAAAGAUGCUUACCUAAGAGAGAAAAAAUGA